AUGUCACCAGCCCCGAUCGCCCCGGAGAUGCAGCAGGAUCUGCACCAUGACCAGCUCCAGGCCGUGGGCAAAGCCUUCGAUGCGCUGCUACUAACCGUAUACCAACUCAGCUGCAGGACCAAUGAACUGAGGGAAAGGUCCUCAGAUAUCCACCACGAGCUCCUUAAGGUCUUGAACCAGAUGCCCGGUGAACAUGUACUUCCCUUUGAGGGCAUUUCGAAGAAGUUCCUUGCCCUGAAUCGGCAUUUCAACGACCCUUCGGUCGAGACCGAGUCCCUGAGUUCGGCAGAUGUAAUCAAGACGCUCACGGGCAACGCAAACGUAGACGAGAAUACCCUCAAGACCAUUGUGGCGGGCAUCAAGGGCUGCAAGUCUCUGCUUCGCUCCCAGGGCAACUCCCUGGAUAACUCGUGCAUCCUGGCUCGCAGCCCGAGUCCGUCAGCUCCGCUGGAGGAAGACUUCACCACCAACGGCACACAGGGCAACCUGCGCUGUCCCCUUUCCAAAUCUAGCCGGACGCAUUCGGAGACACGGAAUGGGAAUGGAGAUUUACCAAAAGUCGAAAUUGAAGACACCUGUGGCCAUGAAGACCUGGACCCGAUCAAGGCCGAGCAGCAAGAGCGACGGUCCAGUCACACCCCGUCGGUCAGAUCGUCUAACAACCAAUGCCCCGUGUCCCGAUGUCCGAUCCGGUUCUUGGACCAACACUCCCCGGAGGAAAUUGCGGAAUAUGUUGAACAGCACAAACAUGAGAUCCCGCGCAGUCAUGCCAUCUGUGUCAAGCGGUAUCAGCGCGACCCGCAGAACAUGCGGCAGCUUGAUGCCAAAUAUGGAGGCCUGAUCAACAUGAUUAACGGUCUCAGUGUCAAGCACCAGGCAUUCCUGCCUAACCGCCAGACAGAUGGCGAGGGCGGCGGUGAUGGCCAAGGUUCUGCGUCAACUGAACUCGUCGAGAAAUGGGCCGACGACGUUGACCCGUUCGCGUCGGGGAAUCUCCAAGCCGGCCUUGGGGCAUUCCUGUUCCCAUCACCCAUUCCCCCCCCGGCCUCGAAGCCGUUCCCCGGCUCCGUUGAUCCUCCACCCAAACCCUCCGCCACCACCGAAUCACCUGCCAAACCGGCUGGCCGCUGUCCCUUCGGUCAUGAUGCUCCGAAACCGAAGACUGGCGAGCCCGAGCUUUUCAAGGCUCAGGGGAUCAAGCUGGAUGCUGGCGCCCCGAAACCAAAUGCACAAGACCUAGACACGGCUCAAAGCGAAGCAAACUCUAUCCCGGCGAAUGUCAUAUUUAACGGACCGGUGUUCUUUGGCUACAGCGCUGAACAGACAGCCAGUCUGAUGCAGCAGCUUGGCCACUUGGGGAAAUCGUGA